UUUUGACGUAAGGUUAUCCUACUUUAGCGAAGAUGAAAUAUCCCAAAUUUAGACCUUUCUACUUUCCUCUUCAUAGCUGUGUAACGUCGACCACCUGAACUAAGAACCUAAUGACCGGAGAAGAGGUUACUGGUCCGGCGGGCCCUAAGAUUCUCCGUCUCCUCUAUUUCGCCGGCGCCGGAUUCAUUGUCAGCUUCGCCAUAAACAAGUGGCGGGAGAUCGAGCGCAAUUCUCUGUUGCAACAACAGCAGAAGCAGCGUUUGAAUCAUCAAUUAUCCGAAUCUCCUAAUGAUGCUGUGCAGAAAGUCGUCGAAUGAUCUCAGGGGUGGCCGCUCAAGGAUCUUAAGAUGCUUUCAGCUCAACAAUGUCUUUAAUGAUGAAGUUGGAAGAUUUGUUGCUCUCAAUGAACCAUAAUGAAGAAAUCAAUAUCCUAUUGAAACUAAACUAUGCAAGGACAUGCACUAGUCUUAAAAUAACAAUAAAUGUCAAGGAGUAUUUUGUGGGAUUUUGUCAUAGUUAAUGAUGUGGUAUUAGGGUUCAUUGGAAGGCUAUUUAAAGCCUUUCAUUAGGUUGGUUUGGGGCAAACUGCAAUAAUUAAUUUUAAACCUUUUUCCUUCAAGUUUAGCCAAAGAGUGUUUAGAUUUUUGCCAUUUAUGGGUUGAGUUGUGUGCCAAAACUAUAUCAUGUGGAGUUUGAUCUUUAGAGCAUUCCUUGAUAACCA